UUCUCCAAAGUUAUCAAUUGCUAAGAGAAAAUAAAAUACCAUUUUCAAAAAGUUUUUGAAACACUGAGUUAAACAAAACAAAUUGCAGGACUUGUCAGCACCUUUACUUACUAGAUACAUGUAGUGAUUCCUGACGCAGCAGAUAUUCUAAGCAUUUCACAAAGUUAUCUGGCCUUUUCUUUGCUUAUCAUCUAUAAAAGUUCUUCCAGUAUUGACAAUUGCUGUGCAAGUACAAUGGUUCCCAUACUUGAGAAUUUCAGGAACCAAUAGAAUGGCAAAAGAGGGGGGGGGAAGUUUGGGACCAACAAAACAUUAUCAGUUUUUCAUUGUAGCAAAUAAGGAUCUUCUUCACAAGAGCAUCUGCUGUUAGCCAUCAUUUCCUAAAAGAAGAUGUUUCAAAACCUGCAAGAAGCCCUCGCCUUCAGCUGCUUCACAGAGCUCAUGAAGAGGAUGAACCAGAACUUCCCCCAUGGAGGCGCCAUGGACACGCACUUUGCAAACAUGAGGUCACUGAUCCAGGAGGCUGAUGCUGCCCUUUCCUUCUUCCAACAGAUCCUGCACUCAGAGCUAUUUGAACUGAUGCAUCAGAAUGGGGACUACACUCACUUUUACUUCUGCUAUCGCUGGUUCCUGCUGGAUUUUAAGCGAGAAAUGGCCGAGCGACACAACACCAAGCAAGUCCUGAAGCUGGCCCGGGACCUGGUGUACAAAGUGCAGACUCUGAUUCAGAACAAGUGA